AGAAGUACUAAACAAACAAGGGGCGGUAGAGUUUCAACUUUUUUCUAUUUCUUCUCUAAUUUCUUCACAAGGUAUGCCUUACUUUAAAAAAAUUCAUUAAAACUUAAAAUGUCUAUUAUUUUUGAAUUUCUUCUAGAAACGGAUUAGCAAGAGAUAAAAGUAGACAUUUUUACAAUGCUUCUUGCGGGAAGUUUGAAUCAACAAUUGGCCGAUAAUCCAAAUUUGGACGAAGACUACGUAGCAGUGCUGCAGCAGACGAAUUCGACAAAAGAGUUGGACGUAUUUGAAAUUAUAUCAUCUGAUCCUGUAUCUUCGCCGCCAAAAAAAAAUUUCCGUGAGAAUGGAUCGAGCGAGGAAGUCCUAAAGAGGAAAGUUAAGUGGCGGGACAACCUCUUCAACGCCGUUGCGUCUAGGGACGAGAACAAGCUGAAAGACGUAGUCAAUAAAUUAAAGGCAACUGGUAUCAGUUUGACGGAUAGCGAUUUAAGGGAUAACGUUGGACGUAGCCUAAUACAUUUCGCCGCCGAAAAAGGGGCUACAAAUAUCCUUUUAUAUUUAUUUAGUAUUUGUGAAAUUGAUCAAAUUUUUGAAACAUUCGAAAUACAAGUAUCUGGUAUUAGAAGCACUAAGGGAGUCAUUCAUAUUCUAACGGAAAAGGGUGAUAUACAAACACUACAGACUCUUUUGGAGAAGGUGGAAGAUUUGGAAAAAAGGCGUAACUAUGGAGAAGAGGCAACUACUAUACAAUUCGAAGGUAUUAGGCCUAGGGAAAUGUCUGCUAUGCACAUGGCAGCUGCAUUGGGAAAGACAGAGAUUGUUGAACUACUACAUAGACUUGGAGGAGUUAGUGUAAAUACCACUAAUCAUAAAAACGAUACUCCAUUAUUGUGGGCAACCAGAUUCAAUAGAGUGGAAACUGUUAGACAUCUCAUUAAAUGUGGAGCUGAUAUUAACCUAUCUAACGACAAAGGCUCUACUCCCCUUCAUUGGGCUAUACGACAUGGCUACAAAAGUGUUAUACGACUACUGCUCGAUACUGCUGAAGCCGAUGUCAAUAAGGAAAGAAAAGUUGGAUUGGUAACCUGUUUGGUUUUAGCAUCAGCCUUAGGGGAUGAGCCUACAGUUCGGGACCUGUUGAAACACGGUGCAUCCGUUAAUACACGUAUAAGAGGUAAAGAGACUGCAAUUCAUUAUGCAGCAGCCAGGGGUUAUUCGAAUGUCGUCGAAGCUUUAUUAGAGCAUGGAGCCGAUGUUGAUGCGGUUAAUGAUUUGGGAGAGACGGCUCUAAUGGUUGCAGUAGAGGCAAACAGAACUCGAACUACAGCUGUUCUACUGAGAAACAAGGCGCUCAUAGAUAUUGAAAAUAAAGAGGGAAUCACACCUUGGCAUCAUGCAAUGAAACCAGUAGAUGAUAAUCUUUUAAAAUUGCUUAUUCAUUUCUAUAGAGAUCAAUCUGGAAAGCUAGUUUUAAGAGAUGGCGUUAAAACUCCCCUACAUAUUGCUGCUAUGUGUGGAAAAAUUGAAAAGAUCAAAUGCCUGAUGGAAAACGGAGCUUCACUGCACGUUCUAGAUGAAAACGGAAAUUGUCUUCUCCAUUCGGCAGCCAGAGCUGAUCAAGCGGCUUUCAUUCAAAAUGUUCUGGAAAUCGAUGAAUCUCUUGCAAAUAAACAGAAUUUUAAUGGGGAAACUCCUUUACACGUUGCCGCAAAAUUAGGUAAUGAAGAAAGCGUAAAAAUUCUAAUGAGAAAGUGUAAAAUGUCUAAAAAGAACAAACUGGGGGAGAGUGCCCUACACGUUGCCGUUAAAUCACCCUUGGUUUCCGAAGAACUCAUUGACUAUAUGGUUGCUGUAACGGUUAAAACGUAUAGUUCUGCAUUAGCUGAUUCGCAAAACAAUAAAGGUGAUACAGCCCUUCAUACAGCCGUUCGUGAAGGCCGCGUGGAAAUCCUAGAAGAGUUGAAUCCUUUAACGCCUACUGCUGAAAAUGCGGAUGGAGAUACACCUUUUCACAUGGCAGCUCGUCAUCGAAGGCCACAAUUGUUGGAAACAAUGCUAGCCGUUUUUGCUGAAUCUGGUAAAACUUUAGAGCUUGAUAAACAGAAUGCAGCUGGUGAAAGUCUUCUGCAUAUUGUCGCUAAAACUGGUAAUCUUGGUCACGUAGCCCUGUUAAUACAGGCCGGAGCAAGUUUAACUCUGAAAGACAAACAAGGAGAAUCGGUAUUACAUAGGCUAGUCUUACUAGAAAUUGAGGCGUCUGUUGAAGAGGACGAAACUAAAUUAAGUAAUUGCCUAGAGACUUUUGACACUGUUAUAGAUAAUGCAGUCAGGUGGUGGUCUAACAGGCAAUCCUGCGCUAUUCCAGAACAAGAUACUGAAUCGUACUUUGCUUUUAAGCGCCAAGCAUGCCUUUACUUAUUGGAUAUGGACGCCAAUAAGUUGGGAUUUACUGUAAUAGGCCUUGCAGCCAGCACAGGUGCCAAAAGAAUAAUGGAGAGAAUCUUUAAAAUACCCGAUGUAUUUUGCUUUGACGAUGGUGAUGCUUCUUUAUUAAAGUAUGACGUCACAAAUCUAACAGGAUAUACUAGAGUAUCUAGAUCGGUUGAGACGAUGAAACGUAAAACAGAAGAGGAGAGUAAAAUCCCUCUUUUAGAGGAAGAAACAUCAAAACCAUCUUCAACAUCAGCAUUAAAUCUUAUAGUAAAACUGGAAUGUGUCUCGAAGGCCAAUUCUCUAUUGGAUAUUCAACCAAUGAAACAGUUGGUUCAGAACUAUUGGAGUGAAUAUCAAUGGUUAUACGUUGUGCUUAUGUUCUUGCAUAUAGUUUAUAUGUCUGUGCUUUCUGGAUUUUGCUUUGGCAUGGUUCAAAAGGCAAAAUUAGAGAAGAUAGCUUUCUUUCCCUAUAUUUUGUUGCUGAUAUGGCCAGGUCUCAUAUUGACCUUUCUAGCAUAUUAUCUGUUCGUCCAAAUGCUACGAAGAUGCCGACGGAAGAGAAAGCUUAGAGAGCCAGGACAAUCAUUUGUUAGUUGGUGUGUUGGGAAUAUUGCACAGUUUUCUUGUGUGUUAUUCAUCGCCACCGACUGUCUAUUCUUAUUCCUCUGCUGGGGUGGAAAAGGAGAAACUGCUUGUUACUUUUUGGCUGUUGCUCUUGUUACUGGCUGGCUAUUUACAAUCAACUUUACAAAAGGCUUUGAAAAUGUCCACGCUUUUUCUAUCAUGCUUCGUCACAUCAUAAUUAGGGAUUGCGUACGCUUUUUGCUACUUUAUUCAUUUGUUCUUGUUGGUUUUUCUUUCGCUCUUCACGCUCUAUUUCAAAGGGGUGGGGGAUCAGGCGAUAUUAAUCCAGCAGAAACGAUCUUCAACGCUUUCAAUAUGAUGAUUGGUAUGAGUAGUAUUUUUGAAGAUGGAGACCAUGAUGUAUAUGUCAAAGUCGUUUAUGUGCUAUAUAUUACUUUAUCUACAAUUAUCCUACUAAAUCUCUUAAUAGCAAUGAUGAACGAUUCAUAUGCAGCUGUCAAGGGUAAAGAAGGAACCACUUGGCGAGUUGGCAGUAUAAGAAUGGCUCUCAAAUUGGAAGCCUCUUUACCAUGCUUACCCUACAUUUUUGGUAAAUUGAGGAGAGGCAAGCAGCUCAAGUUUGACAAACAGGUCAACAGGUGGCUACUGAGUGUUCCUAAGAAACAAUUACGUAGUGCCGAAUCGGAAACCGAACAGAACCAGAUGUUAAUCGCCGUCAGACGAUUAGAAACCGAAACAGCAACCCUUAAACGAUUCCUAACAACCAUAGUUGACAAAAUAGAAAGAGUAGAUGAGCAAGUUAUGAAAAUGGCAGCUGCCGCAGAUGAGGCGAAAACGAAUAAACAAAAGAAAAAAUAUAAAGCCAAAAGUAUACUAUCAAACCUAAAGCGUCUACCGGAAAUCUCCUUCCUUAAGAAGAAAUCAGGUGGUGGAACCGAUAAAUAA